AUAUGUUCUUGUUGGAGAGCAUGUAGAUUCGGCUGUGGCAGUGUGUGUGUGUGUGUGUGUACACGUGUACACGUACACAUUCGGCUGUGUGUGUGUGUGUGUGUGUGUGUGUGUGUGUGUGUGUGUGUGUGUGCGCGCGCGUCUGAACGUGAGCAAGUUGAGGAAAAGUAGACUACAUACCUCGCGCGCUAUUCCUACAAUUAUUUUUUCAAAGCCGAGGAGGAGAAAGUCGAAACUAUUAUGAUUUAUUAAUUUGGGACCUGGGAAACAAGCUACCAGGACUGGCUACGUCGCUACCAAACUAAAUGAACGCACAAUAACGAAGUCGGUUUUCGUUUAAAUUGGUCUUAAUCUAGCCUGUCACAUAACGGAUUUUCGACCGCUAUUAUGUCAAGAUAUUUACCUGCACAAACUAUGUCUUCAGCCUGGUAUUGGGGGCUGGUUCUUCUCUUCAACAAAAGUUGAGUUUGUCAUCAUUGUGUGUGUGUGUGUGUGUGUGUGUGUGAGUGUGAGUGUGUGAAUGUGUGUUACUGUUUGCUUUAGUAAGCCUGUGCCUUUUAAUGUGCAAACUGCUGUACAUUUCAAAGUAGUUGUUGCAUGGCUUCACACCAGCAACAAAAAUAGUUUAGUGAAGAUAGAUAAGCCAUAUCCGUGAAAGUUCAGGAUGUUGAAGACUUUAACCAAGAAGCUAAGAAGACACUCUCUCAACGAGAUUCAUCCUUUUCAAUUUAAGAUUUCCUACCAUGGCAGUGGGGAGGGAGCGGAGAGCGACGAUUCCGAGGGGGAGAACCAGGAGCUUGCACAGAUUGACAGAGAGAGGCGGCGGAACUGCGGCCUCACCCCUCUGGCCACCAGCCAGCAGCACAAUCAGGGUCCCCUAUCUCCGGCACGCCUCCAUCACCUACGCCUCCUUCUAGACCCGACUCUGGACCGUCACUCGUCUGAAGAAGAGCUGGAGCGAAUCAGCCACGGCGUUGGAGACGGCGGGAAGUGGACGCUGCACCAUCGCCACGGUGACCACCACAGCAGUGCCUCCAGCGACGAGGAGGUGUGGGACCUGUGUGGCUGCGGCCCGGUUGCAGCAUCCUUGGAGCCUGGGACUUGCCUGGCCGCUUCCACCAGCCCGGUGCUCUUUAGCUCUAGCCCACCUCGCAGCCUCAAGCCACCGCCUCCAAUUAAGCUCCAGUUCCAGGGGGUGCAGCCUGCUGCCAAGCCUUUCAUCUUGACCCACUUCGACCAGUCGGCGGCUCCCUAUAGGAAACACAGGCACAGCUACGGGGGAGAGCUGGGGAGGCCAAGUCUGGACCUGGAGAAAAUGCAACAGAAAAUGCUCCUGAAAAAGAACUGUGGUGGGAAAACACGGACCAUAAAGAUCCGGAACUUGACUGGGAUUCGCCCUCUGCCCAGGUACGCCUACGAUCCCUCAAUUUUUGCCUUCCGGUCCCUCAGCAGGGUCCCUCCGUGCAAUCCCUUGACUCCGUCCGAAGACCCCCCGUGUGUGUGAGGGGAUAACACCAACAAAACCCCCCCUUCCUCACUUAUUGACUCUAUAGGAGACUCCCAGACUCCCAGACUUCAAAUUCUGAAGACGAGACCGAGCUAAAUAAUGAGUAAUACCAUUAUGGUAUGACCUUUAGGGCAACUUGACAAUGCCAAUGUUUGAAGGUCAAUAUAGUACUCUCAGAUAAUCCUGCUCUGUCAAAUCAUGCUGUUGCUCGGACAACUGGUUCACUUGACAGAACCAUCUAAGACACUUAGAAUGGGGAGAUCUUAACCCUGAUAUUGGAUGAUGAUGUGAGACGGGGGCAGACGGUAUGUGUGAACAACAAGGCUACAAUAGAAAUUGCUUUAAAAAUACACCGCUUCACCCAAGCUCUCCGUUCCAAGGACACUUCAGGUAUUUCAUACAUUAACAGCUGUCUUUUGGACACAUUUUCAAUGGAUGGUUGUUCUAAAAAUGGAUUAUCAAAAAUAUUUUUGAAGGACAACACAAGCUUGAUACAAGGGAAAUGUAUGUUGACGACAAUCAAAGGUCAAACAAACGCAAGACAGGUUUGUUGUCGAGACCAGGGUUUCCCAAACUCGGUCCUGGGCCCCCCACAUUUUAGUUUUUGCCCUAGCACUACACAGCUGAUUCAAAUAAUCAAAGCUUGAUGAUGAGUUGGUUAUUUAAAUCAGCGGUGUAGUGCUAGGGAAAAAAAGUAGAGUCUAUAUUUCGUGAUAUCAACCAGCGCUAAGUGCGUCGAUACUAGGGUCGAAAUGGAGAUCAGCUUUCUCCAUUCAAAUAUUUCCUUAACAUUAUAAUUAUUUCACAAUACUGACGACGGAUCAGCUCCUUGAAAGAUAUUACCACCUACGGCUGCAAAUAUUGAGCGGCGUAUUCUAAUGCUUUUAAUGCUUACCCAAUAAAAAUGCACUAAAUCACCGAUUUGGCACAUCAUUGCGCACGUUAGGCUACACAUCAUUAAAUAUAUUUAGAGAAAUUAUAUACAGUAGCCUACAUGUAGCAAAAUAGAACUCAAUUGAUUGAACAUUAAAUCUAUUUCAACAUAUUAUUGAAAACACCUACAGCCUACUGUUUAUAUUUUAAUGCAGUCAUCUCGGUUUUCACUUUGAAGCAUAUUUUUAUACGUCGCUCGUUUGUAUCAAUUGCAAAGACAUAAGCAAAUUCGUCUUUGUAGUCAACUUUGUUCUGAAGUUAUCGGCGGUCACAGAGAGAUCAGUCAACCAUGUGAUUCUAUGUUUAGCGGAGAUCUUCUGUUCAUUAAGUGAUGCUAGAGGGCAAAAAAGCAUCUAAAGUUGCACUUAGCUAUUCUACGAGUGAUCUGAGUCAGGCGUUAGAUUACGAGGGCUUUCAAGUGCAAUGUUAACGAUAGUUUUGGGAAACAGCUCGGAUAUUUAACGUUGCUCCUACGAAGGGUUUAACGAUGAACUUAGCUUUAAGAUGCUUUUGGGAAACCGGGCCCAGAUACUAUGAAAUGUAUGACUAGUUCAAGAGGUAACCUUUAACAAUGUAACCCUCAACCUGUUGACAAGUUUGUGAAUAUCACCUUAAGAGGAAAACAGGAUAACAUCAAAUACUUUGUCCUCUUUUCCUGUAUGCAUUUCACUGUGCUGUGGUGCAGAAAAGAAAGGAAGUAUAAGAAAUCUAUAAGAAUAUGACAUGAUUUACUGCUUUAAUUUCAGUGCUGUGUCAUGAGUUUGUGUAGUACGCUAUGCAACACAUUUCUAACCCUGUAUGUACCUCCUUUUCUUCGGUGGCACAUCGCCACAUGUAUGAGACAACCAACAGUCAUCCCAAACGUCUCAUCUUUAUGCCUCUGAAUGACACUCCUGAUGUAUUGAACGUAAAACUGAGGCUAGUCUUGACUGUAGGGUCGAUAUGCUAACGUAAUCAGUGACCAGACAACCUAUUUAUGCAUAUGAAUAUAACCCUUGAUGGACAUGUUGCGAUCAAAACAAUGUCACCAUAACCAAGCUCUGCUAGAGUGAAUGUUGUACAGCGCUCUGACAUUUCUGUGUCCCUCGCAUAAUUUAUGAACAAAUAAAUGCUCUGUGGCAUCUUGA